AUGUCCAAGAAAGCAGGCACUCCUGCUUACGCGCCGGUCUACGUGGAGAGCAAGCUCUUAAAGCUUGACGACGUGUCGGUCGCCCAUGAUUCCGGCCAUCGGGACGUCGAUGAGGAUCGUGUCCUGGAGUUGUAUGAGAAGGUGAUUUUGGCCGGUCGUUGGGGCCAGGCUUCGUUGUCCCGACCGAAGCUGAGGUAUGAUCCUGCUGGUCGUCCUAUGGCCGCAUCUGAUGGCCGGUCGAAGCUGGCAGAUGGCAAGCACUGUAUCGCAGCGUUGAAGAAAGCUGCUGAGACGGUCGCUCAGUCCGAUGAUGCAACGCAGCUCGAGUGGUACACAGGUGAGAUCAAGGACAUUCUGACGGUCGGAAUGCGUUUUGAUUGCAUCAAAUUCUCGGAUGAUGAUGAGGCGGCGGUCAAGCUCUUCUACACCAUGGCCCAUGAGCAGGAGGCCAACAAGUUGCGGACGACGUCGGUCGAGCACAAGAUCAAACUUGUGCGUGCUUAUGUCGCCAAAGACGCCGAGAACGCCAUGGUGGAAAUUUUGGGCAAGUCACGCCGGUCAACAAUCCACAACUGGUGCAAAGGACUUGUUUUCACGAACAAGUACUUCGUCGGUCAAGGAGAAGAGACACGCUUCCUCCUGGAACCCGAGCAGCAGAUUGCUGCUCUGCAGCUUUUCUAUGACUUCUGUGACGGUCGCGGGACGGUCUCUUCCAUACCGACCUUCAUGUCUGACUUUUGUGCCCCAAUGUUGAAGGCACAGUUGUGGUGUCAGUUGGUCAUGAAGAAGUACUCGUCGGUCGUGAGCCGCCUACCAGCGUAUGACCGCUGUCAGAAGAUGCUGUGGAGUGAGCGUGGACGGACGUGCAUGCGUCUUGGCGUCGGUCUGUCUGGUGACCCGAAGAUCGAGGGCAGUGGCAUCCCUGAGUGUGUGUCGGUCCUCCAAGGGUUGAAGAAUCUGGCCGCUGGUCGUGCAGUGGAUGAAGCCGAAAGUGCUGUGGAUGCGGCCAAAGCAACGGUCACAGAGCACAAGCUGGUCGUUGAGGGGGGAGACGACGAGUCUGGGAUCUUGGCUGACGACAUCACGAUGGAGGCCCCACUGGUGGAGAAGGAUCCUGUUCUUGAAAAAGCUGAGGAGCUAGGCUUGUCGGUCCGCUCCAACAUUCAUCUGUUUCAUGACAUGAAGACCUUUGGUGAUGGCUUCGUCGGUCUAUGCCGGGCGACGACCCGUGGCGGCAUUUACAUCGAUGAGGCCACGUCGAAGGCCAAGAUCAUUUUGGGGGACAUGGCAGAGUUGUGGAAGGUCGUCACGUCGGUCGUAGAUCGGCAAUACGUGUCCAUGGGCAUCUUCUGUGGAAAGCGCCACGACUUAGUGACGUUGGUCGUGACAGGGACGGUCGACCCUCCAUUGAAGCGCCUUCGAGUCAAAACCUUCUUGAAAAACUUAGAUCAGAGCCGGUCGCGAUGGAAGCAGAUGUCAAAAAAGGAGAAACAACCCUUUGUGGACGCGGCGGUCAAGGAUCACAGAAAGCACAACGCCCUCAAGAGGGAGCUCGCUCAUCCUCCAGUGGAAGUCGACUCGCCGGUCAGAGACCCGAAGCCUGAGGAUGAUAGUGACCAGCAGCCACCGGUCGAUGAGAACCUCGUCAAUGAAUUGAGGUUCUCCUUUGAAGGCAUGGCACUUUCCAGUCGGUCGACCCUGGGACAAGGCGCCCAUGGCACAGUUUACCGCUGUGAAAACUUGAUGGGAACGGAGUUCGCAGUGAAGUUGCCGGUCGGCAGCAGGGACGUGAAGAGGGAGCUAGACGUUCUCCUCAGUCUACGCCACCCAGCCAUCCUGCAUUGUUAUGGGCCAGUCAUGUCGGUCGACGGAGGUCUCGUGGGCCUUCUUUUGGAGUAUGUGCCGGUGACAUUGGACGCUUGGCUGAAGACGCAGCCCAAGGCCGCAAAGUGCCCACACAAAUGGCAUCUGAUGGUCGAUCUUGCACAUGGACUCCACCCGCUGGGCGACUUCGGCCUCACUGAGCCGGUCGGGACAGCUGUCUAUGGUGACGAGGUGUACUCUGCAGCGUACAGACCUCCGGAGCUUAGCGGGUCACAGGAACCCGGUCGUAGCUUUGCUGUAAGGGUGAGGUUGGCACCCACAGCUGAUCUUUGGGCGGUCGGGUGUCUCUUGUUUGCGAUCUUCACAACAUCGACACUGUGUCAUUUGUUUGUCACAGUGAAGGUGCUGUAUGACAUGUCCUUCAUCAAUUCCCGAAUUGAUAAGAACGUGCCGGUCGUCUCUGGCGCUCAAGAAGACAUAAGAGCUUUCUUGAAAAAGCUGCCGAACGAGCGACAGCAGCUGAGGCUUUUCAUUAUUGCUGCAGAGGCGUACGUCAUCACCUUCACUGCCGGUCCAGAACAGUCCCGGAAUCGUCGCCCGACUUACAUGGUCUAUUCACAGUCGGAGUUGUCGGUCUCUGCGAAGGAGGUGGUGCCGAGCCAUGUGACUGUCAACAAAUGCCGGUCAUUUGCCUAUGAGAAGUUACAGAUGCGCUGCACCGACUACAAUUGCAAGCUCAGGCCGUGCAAACCCAUGACAGACAUGCCGGCCCAUCCCACAGAGGAGUUGCCGGUCAGUGACCAAGAGCAGCCAGAGGAUAGCAAGACGUUGGACACCACAGAGGAAGCCGGUCCUGACACACAGGCGGUCGAAGCGUCCGUCGACAAGAAGUAUCCUGUGGAUUUGUGGUUGGUGGCCAAAUGCUGGGAUCACCAUGCGUCGGUCGUGCGAGAAGUCUUCCGUGGUGAUCAGUGCAGGUGGAUGGCGGUCUCCACACGCACAGCCCAUCCUUCCAUCUUCGUUGGGGUCCAGUCGGUCGUCUCCACAGUCAUAGGAAUGCAUGUUAAGCUCAGGCACUCCAUGGCACAUGGCCGAGUCUUGCUCGACGACAUGUGCACCGCCCUGAAACUGGAUGAAGCUAGCCGGUCAUUGAACUUGAAGCGCAAGGUGACAGACAUCCCGUGUGUGCCGGUCUUUAACCCCUAUGCAGCAGAGGGCUCAGUGUUCAAGCUGUUGGAGAUUCCGGUCGAGAGCACCUGGCGAAAUGGUAUCAACAAGUCGGUUGCCAACUACAAUGACAUGGAGAAGAAAUGCAACGAUCUCACACAUGAGGAGCUGGUCAAGUAUGACCUGGGAUUGUCGGUCAUCGACGGUCAUGUUGCACUCAUCACGACUGACGGACUGCGUCGGUUUGACAGAGGAUCGCUCCUCGUCGGUCUGGUCACUGUUAAUUGGGGCUGCGUCACCCCGCUCAGUAAAGCCGCAAAGCGAGCAAACGCGGCCUUCAACUUUGACAUCAGCCAGGGCGCCUCUGACGGUCUCAUCGCAUUGGUCGUCAAGACACGGAAUGGGUGUGGCAUUGCUGCAAAGUCGGUCGUGUCGGUCGACCUGGGUCCAGACUAUGAUCCGUCACAAGCCACGCCGGUCGAGCUCGCUGCCAGCAAGAAGCAGUUCAUGGAUAAGUGGUUUCAGGAGCCUGUGAAUGAGGCGCCGGUCAAGGAAGAGACAACAGUGGAGCCAGCUGGCAAAAAACCCCGAACCUCAGAGGCCAAGGCCAAGCCUUCGCCGGUCGCACCGGCUCCGGUCACUCCGGCUCCCGCUACUGGUCCAGUGCCGGUCGACAAGCCAGCCCCGUCUGCUGCAGCUGAGACUUCGCCGCCGGUCGUCAAAGCUGAUGUAACAGCCCCGGAGCCGGAGCUGAACCCUGCGUCGGUCGCCAAUUUCAUCGUGGGUGAUGCCACGUUUCGCUUGGACUUGCAGAACUUGAGGAUCCUUUUGCCGGUCGGAACCUCCACCAACAAGAGGCUGCCUCCAGGCACAAUUGUGUACACUCUGGAUUGCAGCGCCGGUCGUUUCCGCAAAAACUCCAGUGCUGUCGGUCUGGAGUACAAGCUGACCUCUUCGAAGGACAAGGUCAUUGUCAAUGGGAAGCAAGUGACGGUCGCAGACGCGGUCGCCAGCCUCAAGUCGAACUCCGUUUGGGAGCACAUCCCGCCUUCCUUCACCCAAGGUUCCCUCCCAUCGGCCGGUCUGAAACCUAACCAGCAGAUGGUUUGGGUUCCAGGAGAUGACGCGUCGGUCGUGAUGGCCCAGCUCAACAAGGCCACGGAUGCUUCUUGGAGGUGGGUGAUGAAAAAUGGCAGCAAAGGGAGUCUCACGCCGGUCAAAGCUUGCCUAGUGAUCGACAAACAGCUGAUCAUUCCCGGCAAGCCGGGACAUCUCGGCUUGCUUGUCGGUCGCGAAGUCGGUCACUGA